AUGGCAUUCAAAUUUGUAUCAUUCUUGGCUUUGCUGGCUGCCGUCAGUGCUGGUAUUGUUCCCGCUGCUCAGGUAUACCAUGCCGCUCCUGCUGCUGUUGUAAAAACUGUAACUCCUGUCCAUGUGGCUGCCCAUUCCGUUUAUGCCAAAGCUGAUGAUGAAUUCGAUCCUCACCCUCAAUACAAAUACGGUUAUGAUGUUCAGGAUGCUGUAUCUGGCGACUCCAAAAGCCAAGUAGAGGAACGUGACGGUGAUGCCGUCCGUGGUGAAUAUUCCCUGAUUGAUGCUGAUGGCUUCAAACGCACUGUCCAAUACACCGCCGAUGAUGCCAAUGGUUUCAAUGCUGUUGUCCAUCGUGAACCUUUGGUAGCCAAAGCUGUGGUCGCCGCUCCCGUAGCUCACUAUGCUGCUCCUGCCGUUGUUAAGACUGUUGCACCUGUCGCCCAUUACUCAGCUCCAGCUGUAGUCAAAACUGUAGCCCCUGUCGCUCACUAUGCUGCUCCAGCUUACACCACCUACACAUCUCCAGCCGUUGUCAAGAGCGUGGCUCCAGCUUACACCACAUACUCCACCCAUCAUUGAUUGCCAUAUUUGGAGACCCCCUGUGAUUGAUCAUUUACAAAAUGAAGUUGUUACCUAGAUUUGUAAG